CAAGCGGUUUCUUUGUCCCGGGUAGAUUAGCGGCGGAGGACCGUUCGGGUUUCCGCUUCCGCUUUGGUUUCUUGACAUUGUGAAGGCGGCUCGCUGAAUAUCAGGAUUAUGGGCCAUGGUCAUGGGAACGGUGGUGAGCUUCCUGAUUACAGGCAAUGGAAAAUAGAAGGUACCCCUUUGCAAAAUGUCCAGGAAAGGUUGGCUAAAUUUGGUCUCAAGGACCCAUGGCUUCGCAAUGAAGCGUGGAGAUUCUCAGGCGGCUUUGCAAAACCAGCCACUUUCCUGGACGCACUCACCAAGGGAUUCAAAUGGGGGUUUGCCGCCUUUGUCGUGGCACUUGCAGUUGAAUAUACAUUUUUCCCCCCCGAAAAAAAUAAGGGACACCACUGAAGAUUUGUUUGUGUCUUCUAGGACUUGAGUCCAUUGUAUAGUCUUGACGUUUCAUGGAGUGGAGCACAUUAAAGCUCUCCAAAGAAGAA